CCUUCUACGGCAAAGCCGCGAACGGACAGCCGAUGCCACUUCCUUCUCUGCCGGCGCCUUGCCUGCCCGACCCCGCUUCCCCUCCUCUCGCCGGGAGGGAGUGCGGCCCGCGGGGCGCUGCGCCGGCCGGACCCACCCGGGGACCAGGGGCUGCCCGCAGAGCCGGGAGCUGGCCCGGCCUCGGCGCCGUCCCGGACCCCCGGUCGGCCGCGCCCCGAGGGGCGAGGCCUGCGGGCCGCACUUCGGCCCCGGAUUCUGGGCUGGAAGUCCCUCCCCGAACCCAGCAGCGGGCCUGGGAGGGAGAAGGGGCUGGAGAGGGCCUGGCCUCUCCAAGGGAUGGAGGGGACAGAGGCGGCAGCGGCCAAACCCGCGGGCAGCAGCCCCCAAGGGCCCAAGACAGGGAGUGGAAGAGCCAGCCCCAUGGAGGGGACCUCAGCUGUGGAGUGGAGUGAUCUUGAGCCACAAAUGGAUAACGGACACCCCCCAAGACCCUGGCCUUGCCCUCAGGAAAACAGAACAUCCAGCCCGAUGGCCCCCCGGCCUCCCAGAGUAUGGGGGGUACAGCUCCAAGGCCCCUCUGUGCUGGAAUCCAAGGUGAGGGCUUUGAAGGAGAAGAUGACAGCAGCCAAACAGGGAGUGAGUCCUUGCUCUGCUUCCCAUGAGUGGUCAUCCCCCAAGAAACCCAAAUGCAGACGAGGCAAGGCAGGGGGAGCCGGGACUUCAUCGGAGGGGUCUUUCCUGCCAGGUACUGUGGUGGCUCCUCAUACCCAAAACCUGCCUGAUGGGCAGCUGGACGGCAGCGUCAAUGAGGAGGAACCCACCAGGGAUGGGGGCCCCGGGCCUCCCAGGCCGCCUGCCCCUGGGCUUGAGUACUGCAACAGGGGGAGCCCGUGGCCUCCAGAAGCCGAAUGGAUGCUGCCUGACCAUGAGAGAGGUCCGCUGCUGGGGCCCAGCUCUUUGCAAGAGAGCCCCAUCCAUGGAGUUAGUCCCGGACGGCCUGGGGAUCCUGGUCCUUGUAACAAAAUCAUCCACAUUCCCAGCCAGAGGACAGGAAGGUCCUACCCUUUUCCAGAUGGUGUGGUCACAGAUGCAGAUCUGGAUAGCACAUCCCUGACCUCUGAGGAGGAAUUUGUCCCCAGGACAGCCCUGCUGGGCGAGCGCUGGAGAGCUGGAGACCUGGAGGCUCUGGGCACUGGGAGCAGUGCCUUGUCCCUGUCUGAUCGGGUGGAGAGAAACCGCCUGUUGCUGCAGGAGAUGCUCAGUGUUUCUGGGCAGAGCCCCCGCAAGGUGGGAACCCCCGCCCGGACUCCAUCCUGGGACACAGCUGCACCAGAGCAACCAGUGGGGGAUGUGGACUGGGCCUUGGGCACCUCCUUGCAGGACUCCAACAAGAACAGGACCGUUGGUCCCAAGCCGGAGCCUGUGCUGAGCCCCAGGCAUGAGGAAGCCACGCAUCUGCUGCAGCAUGCCCGCAUGAAGGCCAAGACCCGGCCCCUCCGUGCCAGCCAUGACAUCGUGCCCACCAUUACCCAGGGCAGCCGAGAUGGCCACAGAAGCCCAGCCUGGGACCCCAGGACGACCCUUGCCUGCAUAGACAACCUCCAGAACGGGCAUACGAGCGAUUCCUCCAGCGGAGAGUCCAGCGGCGGGCAGAGGCCGAGGCGGGGCCCCUCGCCGUCGCACGUGCGUUUUGAGGAUGAGUCGGCCCGCGAAGCCGAGUUCCGCCACCUGGAGCGGCUGCAGCAGCGCCAGCGCCAAGUGCUGAGCACUGUGCUGCAGGCCACGGACCAAGGCCCCCUGCGCUCCAAGCCCGACCUCGCCGACUACAUCAACGGGGCCCCCCGGCUCCGGGACGCGGGGCAGGGGGCAUUCCACCGGCUUGUGGGCACCCUGGGCCGCAGAGUACCCCCGGCGCCGCCGGCACGGGGCAGCGAGAAGAGGUGCCAGGCUUGCGGCAGCUGCAUCGACGACCCGAGCCCCGCCCAGGGGAAGGCGUCCCCCGACCCCAGGACCCUCCAGGAGCUCCAGGCUGCCCGUGGGAUGGAGAGGGUGCUGGGUGGCCUGAGCUCCCCACUCCGGCUCCUUCCUGCAGAGCCUGGGCUCCGCAUGGAAUGGAUCCGAGAAACACACAUCGAUGACACCGUGUGCCCUGCGGAGGUGGAUUCUGCCCUGGACAGCACAGACAACUCUGACAGCUGCAGGACGGACAGUGAGGAGGCGGGGACCUCUCAGGCUGGCGGGGCGUGUAGGCGGACCCGAGGCAGCAGCCCGCGACUGCGACUGCGGGGCUCCAAGCCUCGAGGCCACAGGUGGUCCAAGAAGGCUGAGGCGGAGCUACCUUGGGGCCUUCAGGCCCAGCAACACCUGCCUAGGGCUGAUGAUAUGGAGGUGGAAACCGAGGUGAAGGAGGGCAGAGGACACAUGCCUGGGGGAACUCUAAUUUUGAGAGAAGAUGCUGUCCCUAAGCCUCCUGACCUGGAGUUGAAGCGGGUGUCCCUGGGACCCCAGUGGCAGCCUGGACCACGGCUGGGAAGUCACCAGUCUCACCUUUCGGAUUCCCAGACUCCAUGCAGGACAGCUUAUGCCACCUCCUCUCCCAUGACGCCUGAAUCACCUGGGCCAGGAGGCCAGGCCCAGGUUAUAGAAAGCCACGAGUCCCUGGAAAUUGUCUUUCCUUCCUCCCUGCAACAGAGCCAUGCAGAGCCUUCUGCCCUGCACCAAGCCCGGCAGCCAACAGUUUUCUUUUGUCCUGAAGGCUGGGUGCCAACCCCUCCCCCUUCAAGGAAAGCCACCUCGCCGAUGUCUCACAGGAAGGCAGCCCUGGCUGGAUUGUGCAGGCCGGGUGACCAGGGAGAAUCUGUGGGUAUCCCCCGGCCUCCUUCAAGAAGCACGAUUCUCAGGACCUGUGAGCUGCCCCCAUCACAGACCCAGCCCAGCUGCCCUCAGGUCAGGCACCCACUCCUGGCCCUGUCUACCAACAACUGCAACAACAGCGCACCUCGGGGGCUGCAGGAGCCCUACGGGGGAGCCGUCCACGAGGGUAGGGUGGAGAGGGGCCCCUGCAGCCGGGAGCCGGAGCCGCCCCUGGAGAACAGCAGAGAUGAAGGACCCCAGGGCUUUCCUGACUCAGCAGAUGUUGCCACCAUCAACUCCACGGGCAUCACCCUCUCCCUGUCCUCAGAGGAGCCAGAGUCCAGCCAGGAAUCAGAGGGAAGCCUGCAGAGGACAGGGUCGGGAUCUGGAGGACAUGUGCUGUCAAGAGCAUCAGCAGGGGCUGACACAGGACCUGGCUCCCCCUUGGCUGCCCCUUUGGACCAGAACAAGAAAAGGAGCAGCAGCAUCACCUCCACCUUGGGGCUGAAAAAGCUCUUCUCAGCCCUUGGCCAGAGUUCCCGGCCCAAGCUGGGCAAGUCCCGCAGCUAUAGUGUGGAGCAGCUGCAGCCCGCCGUGCCUGGCCUGGCGUCACACUCCAGGGCCCCAUCGUUACAAUCCCUGCACCCGGUGUCACCCUCUCACCAGCGUCGGAAAGCUGCCUCUUUUCAGAACCUCCAUUCUCUGCUGAGCGGCAAGGGGGAACGGUCCAGCCUCUACCUGGUAGCGGGGCCAGGGGACCACAGUGCAGCUGGCAGGCCGGCCAAGGCUUCACCACGGCGUGCCCUCAGCGUGGAGGACGUGGGUGCUCCCAGCCUGGCUCGCACCGUGGGCCGCCUGGUGGAGGUGUUCCCGGACGGCACGAGCCAGCUGCAGCUGCAGCGCUCCCCGGGGGGCACUUUCGGCUUCUGCGUGGCCUCUGGGAAUGGGCGCCCAGACUCAGGUAUGCCCUCUCCCCUUCCUCAGCCCCAUAGCCGGGGCAGCCUUAGCAAACCACGGCAGGGCCUUCUGGCUGUGUCAGAGGCUUUUCUGGUCCUUGGCUGAGCUGUGGAGCUCUGGGAAUUCAGAAAGCCCCUGACUACAGGACUAGGCUUCUCCCCCCGGGGGCUCUUUCUCAAUUGUCCGGGGCUGUCUAGGAGUCUGCACCUGCAGAGCCUUUGCCCUGGGCCGCUGCAGCUGAGAGGGCGUUGGUGGGGGGUGUACGGGAGAGGGUAGAGUUGGCAGGUUUGACUCCACUAUCCCCUGCUGUCUGAUGACAUCUUGAAAUUAGAAUCUUAGGUGGGCGCGGUGGCUCACGCCUGUAAUCGCAGCACUUUGGGAGGCUGAGGUGCCCGGAUCACCUGAGGUCAGGAGUUCGAGACCAGUCUGGCCCACAUGGUGAAACCCCCAUGUCUACUAAAAAUACAAAAUUAGCCGGGCGUGGUGGCGCAUGCCUGUAAUCCCAGUUACUCAGGAGGUUGAGGCAGGAGGAUUGCUUGAACCCAGGAGGUGGAGGUUGCAGUGAGGCAAGAUUGCGCCAUUGCACUCCAGCCUAGGCAACAAGAGCAAAACUUCGUCUCAAAGGAAAAAAAAAAAGAAAGAAAUUAGAAUUUUGAAGGCCAUCUUAGCAGAGGAGAGCCAGAGGAAAACUGUCUGUGCCUGCCGGUUCUCAGCAGUCCCUUUGAUGUGGCUGCGUUGAAACGGUUCCUUUCCUCCGGCUGUGGAGUAUGUCUGGGCAGGUGGAGCGUGCCUAUCUGUCUCUGCAUCCCGUCCCUCCCUCAGGCCUGUGCCCGAGGAUUAUGUUCAGAUGAAUCCUGGCUGCAGGCUUUUGGCUGGGGUGUGCUCUGGGUCUCAAUUCAACCCAGGCAAGGGCAGGGAGGAGUCCUGGACAUCAUUCUGCACUCCGGCCAGUUCUCAGUUCCGCCCCAUCCAUGAGUCUUUCAGGGCAAUGUGACUUGCCAAGGCCCACACCCAAGGUCUGUGGUCCAGAAUGCAUCUCAGGGCAAGGGCCCGUAAAAGAAAGACAUUCCCCAGAGGAGCAGGGAAGGAAGACAGGUAUGCGAGGCUGGGCAAGGAGAGGAGGGGAAGGAAGAAGAGAGAAAGGGAGAGACAGAUACAGAAAGACGCGCACAGAAGCCUGCUGCAGCUGGGCUCUGCCAAUGGGGGGUUGAGUCCUAUGCUUUGAUCUCCUAGGUCAAUGCUGUUUAGCCUGGAAAAAAGUCUGCCCGCUGCCACAUUUGCAGACCGCAGCAUGAGUUCUCAUGUCUGUUCCAUCAUUAAUUGUUUCAGCAAAUAUAUACUAAGCACCUACUAUGUGUUAUAGAUACGGGGGAUACAGCAUUAAGUGGAACAGACCAAAUCCCUGUCCUCAUGAAUAUACUACCCAGUGAGCAAUUAGAUUGUAUCUAUAAAAUGUGUACUCUUGUUAUGUAUAAUAUGCUACGUAUGUCAGAUGGUGAAAAGAAAGUUCUGAGAAACACACAGAUAAAGCAGGUGUGGCAGAUGCUGGUAUAGACAGGAGUGUGGGGAGGCUUUUCUGAGAAGAUGACACUUGAGCAGGGCCGUGGAUGGGGCAAAGGAGGGGCCCCGUGGGUGUCUAGGGAAGAGCAUUCUGGCAGAUUGAACAGCAAGUGCAGAGCCCUAGUGGAGGGGUGAGCCUGGCUUGUGAGAACUGUGAGGAGGUCAGGUUGGACACUACAGAGCAGGCAAGAGGUUGGGAGGAGCAGUUUGGCAAGAUGGGGUUGUGCCACUGUAAGGGGCUUUGGCUUUCAUGCCUAAUGAGAUGGGAGCCACUAGAGGGCUCGGAGCGAGCACUGAGACUCUCUAAUGUCUAUGAGAAUAGACCCCAGUGGGACACAGGUGGAGCCAGGGAGCCCUGUGUUGAAGCUAUUUCAGCAGUCCGGGACAGAGAUGGUGGUACUUGGGCUGGGAAUGGCUGUGGAGAUGGGGAGAGGGGAGAAGGGUUGGAUUCUGAUUGAUUUGACUAUUUGCUGAUGAGCUGGACAUGUGUGUAAGAGGAGGAAAGGACAGGUUUCUGCCCACUCUGGACCUCAGGAGGAUAAAACGUCCUUCCUCACAGGCCUUCCCAUAGCCUCCUCUCCCGUUAGGCGAGCAGGACAGGCCCCCUGGACAGGUGGUGUGAAGGCAGAGGCAGACAACUCAGCAUGUUUGUGCUCCGGCACCUCUGCUGGCUGUGUGACCUAGAACGGGCGACAUCCCUGCUGAGCCUCAGUUCCCUAAUCUGUGAAAUGAGGAUGACAAAAUCUACCGAGAAGAGUCAUAAGGAGCAUUUGAUAAGGCACACAGGAAAGGGCCUAGCAUUUUUCUUCCCUCCCCUUCAGAAAGAGAAGGUCUGGGGAAGAAAACCCCAGACAGGGAGGGACCAGCGUGAUCUGCAUUCACCUGUCGCCGUGAGUGCACACACAGCAGGGCAUUGUACUCUGCCCCCCACCAUCCCCCAGAGUCCCUUUUGGCUCCCUUGCAGGCAGUGGGAGCCCCUCCCCGUCACCCGUCUGGGAGCUCUGAUGGGCAGGGGUCUCUAGUGACCCAGGGUCCCCAGCACCCUCACCUGAGUUGGUGCCAGCUCCCUGUUCUGCCCAAGCAUUCCCUGGUCCUGCUGCCGUCAUGGGUCACUGGAUGGCACACAGGGGCCCCACGCACAUGAAGCCUGGCAAGUGCUGGGGCCUCCAUUCCCCAGUCCAUCCUCCAACAGCAGAGGGUCACUUCUUCCAGGCUCCGAGGGGCUGUGAAGAGGGCUGGCUUGUGCCCUGCGCUGAACUGGCAGGAUGCUGGUAUUAACUUGCUGGCUUUCACAUCUGACUCUAUAUGAGUCUGUGAGAACAGCAGGCUUUGCCUUCUGCUUCUAAUUGGAUACAACAUAGAGAUCACACAUCCUCAACAAAGGCCAUUUCCAGCAGACAAUAAAUGCCUACGACAGCAGGCUGUCAUAUUUGUGUCACGAAUUUCAGUUGCGAAAUCUACACGAGUCUCCCCAAAAUGGCAGGAGUGACGUCAGUGUCUGGCCUAGCUCUGGCUGCAUUCUUUCAGGGUUUAUCAUUAGUCCCCACCUGCAACUCCCACAGCACAUGAGACACUUCUCUGGGUUCGCCCCAGGGGCCCCUUCUUACCUGCCCCCUCCCCAUGCCACCAACCCGUAGAUAGGGAGGGCAAGCAGUCCAGCUAGAGGAGGUAAAAGACAGGGUUGAGGGAAAACGCCUUGUACAGUCAGGAUGGCAGACGUACUGUCAGGGAAGACAGCCCUGCAGAAAAGUCUCGGCUUGGCCAAGAAGCAACAAAAGGGAUUCUACACCUCAGACCAGGGAGGGGGAAGGUGUGCAAAGAUUGGAUUUGCUAAAUUCAGAGCCACAGACUUUCAGGUACCUCGGUGAAGAUCAGUGCUCUUUCAAAGCCACAUUUCAGAGGCAGGCUUUAAAAUGCCUGACUUCUGUCAGGGCCAGAGGCUGGGGGGACCUGAGAGAGGACUUCCCACUAGUCCAAGAUGUGGUGACUAGUUUCAAGCCAGAGAUUGAAGAGCAGACCUGAUGCCCCUUCGGGCCCCUGCUAGGAACCCGACUGGAGGAAAAGGAAGUGGAGACAGUAAUGCCUGGGCAGUGGCCUCAUGUUUGAAAUGCAGAGUGAGCCAAGCUGGCCUUGGAACAGUGAGGGUGCCAAAGGCUGCGCUGAGCAGCCUGAAUUCCGCCAGUGCUGAUGCCCAUGCCAGGGGUGUGCCCUGCAGUCCUCCAGCAAACUCAGCUUGUGUCUCAGCCCCUGUGUCCACCCAGCACGGAGCAUGGGCAUCAGGGGCUCCAGCCUGCCCUGGGAGAGCCAGCACCUCACUUACUUCCUCCCAGGUGGGAGCAGCUGGAGGGGAAUUUGAAAGGUUUCCAGCCACAGCUGAGGCCGGUGGGGGGAAUGGGGGGGAGGGGGGCCUCCUCAGCUGGACGCUUCCCAGAGAUGCCAGAGGGAGCCAACCCAGCCAGCCCAAGCCCCACAGGGCCUGCCCCACUGACAGGGGGCUCCCUGAGAGCCAGAGCUUGGGAAAGAAAUAGAGAAGCUGGUUCCUCCAGGCUGACUCUUGGCACCUUCUAGACCCAGGCAGGGCCUCUUUGGGGUGGGGAGGAGGGGACAUGUGCAGAAGAGGAGAGGGAGCCACCGGAGCUUUGAAAUAUGUGGCUAGAAUUUUUAUUUUUCCUGGGUUUUUUUGCUCAGAUGUUUCCCCAUCCCAAUUGAGGAACCAUAUCUGAGUAAGACUGAGGCCAGGGUCACUCUGGCAAUAGAGUGCAGCAAACCAGGCUUGGAUGUGGCUCAGCCACUUUUGCUCUUCCGAUGAUACCUUCCCACCACCCCGGCCUUUAUGCUGGGCCUGGGCGACCUGAGGCAGCAACUGGAUCAUAGUGCUAGGCACCGAGUUAGGUAUGGUUCCUAAUUUUUAAAAACUAUUUUCCUCCCUAUUCUACAAGCAAAGCUCAUCUCAGAAAAAGAUUAGCUCACUCACAGUCAGGUAUAAAUAAAUAACAAUUUAACGCAUUAUUUGCACUAGGAGCAUUUCCACUUUAAAAGCAGAGACAGUGGAAUGAAGUUAGACCGUGGAGGAGGCACACUGUCUAAAGCCAGUUGUGGCUGUGAGGUGGAAUAAUGAGGGGGGUGUGUGUGUGCAUGUGCGCAGAAAAGUGCCCACUAUGAGCACCCCCUCCCUGUGCUGCACAAACAGCACCUCACCAACAUGGUCAGCGUUCCAGAGAUGCACUUCUUCAAUUUGGGUGUCGUGAAAUUCUCCCGUUUUCCUUUGCAGGGAUCUACGUGCAGGAGAUGGCUGACAUGAACACGGCCAAGCUGUACUCAGGGCUGCUGGGGGUGGGCGACGAGAUCCUCGAGAUGAAUGGGGCCAAGGUGGCAGGGCUGGGGUUGGCUCACAUUAAGGAGCUCCUGGACCACUCAGAGAGCUUGUCAAUCCGUGUCUUGAGGCAGAGACCUGUCCCACGGUGACCCAGAAGUGCCGUUGCCCUCACUGUCACUGCCUCGGAAGCCCUGAAGCACUUGGGGUGGUUGGCAGGAAUGUGCUGCACAGAGCUGCUCUGUGGCGGAAACAGAUCCUGGCAGCAUCUAACCUCUUGGGCUGUGGCAGGGCUUCUGUGGUGGGCUGCCUUCGGGAGAGGCAAGGAGCCUGUUUGCAUAUUUUGUUUAAGGCCAUUUAUGCAGAACUAGAAAAAGAAAAAAAUGGGUCUCCUUCCAUGUCUGAGGGGGUGUCAACAUCUACUUGUACCUUUGUUGGCAGGGGAAGGAGGGAGAUGCAGUCAGUCCUUUGGUUGAUGUCUGAGAGCUGGCCUCACUUCCGGGUCCCACUCCUGGUCAAAGGCUACCCCCAGCCUCCAACACUGUGGAACCAAAGAAAGCACAUGUCCAUAUUGGCCUUGACACUUCCCUUUUUCAGCCACGUUCCUCCCUACUCCAUUCACUGCCUUUGCCCUUUAUGCAGCAAUGGGCAAAGUGUCCUGGAGUACCAGCCUUACAGUCAUUGACCAUAUAUGCCAAACCAAAAUUGGAACGUGUAGUCUGACAGGAAUUUUAUGCCCCUUCUGAGUGUGGGAACAUCUGGGAGAUGUUAUCUGGUAGCCAGAAUAUUAAACAUUUCUAGGAAAUUUUUUUUUAUACAUAAAGUUGAAAACAACAACAAAACUGAUUUCAGGACAUGCUACUGUGGUAGCCAGGAUCCAGCCAGUGGGACCAGCCAGACCAGCCCCAUGCCACCCCAGCCGCUGCCUCUGCCCAGGAGGAGGCAAGAGUUGCUGCAGCCUGGCCUGUGGCAGCCUCCAUCUUAGUUCUUCCGUCCAGCUUGGAGACAGGGCUGCAGCGGGUGCCUGGCCGUCACACAGCUGCAUGCUUUCUGCCCAGACGUCCUGGCGGUGCUGUCAGUGGGCAUGUGGGUGGGUGGGCAGCAGGGAGGCCGUGGAGAGCGGGGAUGGGCCAUCUGCCUGGGCCUCAGUGCUGCCUGGAGGGCUGGGACUCUUUGGGAGUGGAUGGCCAUGUGUCAGUCUUAACUUAUUAAAAAGCAAAGCUGAAGCUUCGCUCA